CUGGUACAGUGUAUAAUAUUGGGGGUUUUGUCCAUCGCAGAAAUCUCUUGUCAAUCGGAAGUCGGCUCAGAGUCGUGAAGCGGUAACUCCUGAAAAAACGCAUCGCAGUUCCGAAAUGGUCUUCCUCUCUGCUUCAAACCGAUUCCAAAAAUGCGGUCUGUCUGAAACUUGUGCAAAUUGCUUUCGUAAGCGAGAAAUCCUAGCCUUAGCACUAGCGGCGCGAGCUUGAUAUCCAGGUAUACUGAAGCGGCAGUGGUUCUGCAACAAAAAAGAUUAUACCGAAAACAGGCACGGCCACGGUGUGUUACUCUGCGAUAUUGCACUGCAAAUUUGUCUUCUGAAUAAAGCAGUUAUUUGAGCUUGUGGGACUCACUUCAGACAAAGCACACGACAACCGCGAUGACACUGCUUGAAUCCUAAUAACGCUUUCACUCGGGCCUUAGGUGUUUUUGCACAGCAUCUACGUGGCCGCCACACAAUUUGAGCUUGCCUCUUCUCUCAAUUCCGCAAAGGCGGCUAUUCUGCUCGAACCAUCAUGCCAGGCUCGCGGAAAGGUACGCCACGGGGCGGGCAGGUUCCGAAGACGAAAGUAAUAGUUUUUGACUUUGAUCAGACCAUUUCCCAGUGUCACGUCUUCAAGUGCCUCGCCGGUUUUGUCACGCUCGGACGGGGGAACUUUCUUGAUGGGCCCUACGCGCUCUCAGAGAGAGGGCAGAUCCAGAAGUGCUUCGAGGCGGACGAGGAAAUGAAAGGUACCACUCGCCCGACCCUUGAUCUUGUCGUUACCAUUGGAGGUUUUCAAACUCGUACUAGCAAUCCAAAUUCCCUUUCUAUGUUGUGCUAACUCCCUCCGACAGGCAAAUUCUACGAGCAUUGUCUCGGCGGGAAGGAACAGAUUGCAGAGAUGGAGAAGACCUUCAAGAAACUACGAACGAACGGGUGUUCCCUGGUCGUCUGUUCCAAGGGUUUAGUUGCGCCAAUACGAUUAUCAAAUGCAAAUGCGUCUGGGUUUGAAGGAGUGCGGGUAUCUGCCACGUGGCAGUUUAUUUUUGCAUCACCCAGAUUGAUGAUUUAGAUUUGCUCGACGCAUUGGCAUUCAUCCAAACCCAGGCACAGUUGCUGUGGAUAGUGACUGAUUUUGGAGAAAACGAAGUUGUUGCCGCACUUUGACGAUGUGUACGCCAGAAUCGACGACUACACGAGCAUGCAGGAUGCCAGAGAAUACGACCUCAAUGCAAUGCAGUAAGCACGAUUUUAUUGCGCUGAUUUUUGUCUCUGCUAAACCUAAAGCUACCAGUAGUUAGUAGUAGUCUUCCUCUCAGUCGUGAAUUUUUUUUGGUUGGACAUGAGACCGAAUUGUGCACGCUUAAUUACUUUCUAUCACCAUAUCAACCAAACAAGAAAAACUAUUUGUCAGGACUAAGUUCGCACCAGAGGUGGAGACGCAUAUCGACCGGAAAGACUGCGCGAAGUGGAGUUCGAAAGCGGAAGUGUGUUUGAAACUGGCGAACGGGCGACCCUGCAUGCUUGUCGAGGAUGAUCGCGACGAGAUAAAGAAGGGUGAAAAAGCUGGGCUUGACACCUGCUUCGUCAAGGAUCGUGCUGGCCUCACGGCGACAGAGAUCGGUGAGCUGCUGGAAUGGUCGGCCAAAAAAGUCGAGUCCUAGGGAGCAGUGUACACCAUGUCCCGUUUGUCUGUUUUUCAGUCCCGGUCCGAAGAUACACCACAGAUACACCACAGUUUUUUACAAUCGAUUGCAAACAAGCGUGCGCUCGCUUUUAUUUUUUACAGUAAGGCUAGAAGAAGUGAAUUAAUGAGUAUGCAAGGCCCAUAGAAGAAGUACUCCGGCUUACAAUAGUGUGUUUUUUUAGCAAAGUGCGAUCAUGAGCCAUGUCGUACUUCGCAAGUAAAGCCAGCGCGGGGGCCUCUGCGUUCGCAUACCAGAGGAGACCGCGUGUGCAACGGAAGCUUCGGGCGACAGCCUUGCACGGGCUCCUGAAUUUUUAAAUCCUGUGUGAACUCUACUGAGGAUUCUGUGCAUUGAAAAGCGAGAUGAAACAUGUGUAGAUGCCGUCACUAGGAAAGCAAUAGGACGUUCGUGUUAGCUGAGUUUCCUUCUUGCAAUCAUGCACACUCUCCACGCUUCCCUUUAUUGCUCACCUUCUCUGUGAGUCACUAUUUUCUAUGAUUCGCUUCCAGUGAUUUUUUUUGCCAGCACGAUCGACGACUCACCCAACCGUCCGAUUCUCCGGGACGCCUGAAAAAUUUUGCUUCUGAUGUUGACCUGACCAAGCCAGGCAAAAAACCGCGACUACGACACAUUGCUGCGGCCGGACAGAGAAAGCCGAUGAAAUUUCAGAUAUUCUCUCGGCGCCCCUGUUCGUGGAAUAGCGAGCCUUGAUACAGACCCGAUCUAUCAGUCAACUGCGCGGGAAUUAGGCUGAAAUGGAAGUCUUUGUAGUAAAACUGUUCCAUGCUUUAUCGUGACUGCGCAGCCCGCGACUAAUUGGUAAU